AUCGAGGUUUACGACAGCGGCGCAACACGACACAUCUCCCCGUAUCGCGAGCGCUUCGAAACCUACGAGAGGCUAGACCCGCCCCGUCCCAUCACCGCUGCAAACGGUGACCAAUUCAUGGCCACCGGAGAAGGUGACAUGCGCGUCCGUAUGCCAAACGGCGGCAGC